AUGUCGUUCAGAUCAUUAGGCGGAUUUGAAAAGAAGAUUCUUUCACAAUCUUUAGAAGGCCAUCGUAAUGGUGUUGUAUUUGGUGCGAUGUACUCGACCACUCCAGAAGAGUGGUCCGACGAUGCUACACUUCUUACCUACAAGGAUUCAAGAUUGAAUCUGUCCUUACUUUCAAGAACUUUAGCGAAAAUGAUCUCUGACCAUGUAGAGCUCUUUACUACUAUCAACGAAAAACUUGAAUUUGCUCCAGUGAAGGAGAUCAAAGCCGAAGAAGUGAUUAAUGCGGUAACUUUUGGUAGUUAUAAGGAUGAAUUUGUCAAUUGCCGUUUCGGCGCGCCUCCAUACUUACUUCGUCACAUCUUCAACCAGACCACUUUUCAACCUGGUUCCGGCAACGUUCUAUGGCAGAUUUAUGUCGUUGAUGAAACUUUGGUGGUAUUCCAUGGGCAUGAUGUUUUGUUCGAUAUCUUUUCUGCUGCUAAUUUCCACAAAAUAUUCUUACAGACGCUGAAUAGCAUCUCCAAGAGUGGCAGUAAAUUGUCUACGAUAUUCAAGCUUGAAAAAGCAGUUCUUCCGCCAUUCCCCAAAUCAAUUUACGACAAUGCAAAGCUUCGUUUGCCCGCUAAGGCCGCUGAUUUGUUCAAUCUACAGACUCAGUCGUUCUUCAAGUCGUUGUACUUUAACGCCGUGAAGAAACCACUUGACUACAUCAAUUCCAACCCACCCCAGCAGUUGAAAGAGUAUAGGACACGUUACGCGGACAUUUUGAGAACCGAUAACAAUUUAUGCGGUACUACGAUUUUUGGUAGAAUCCUCCCCAAGAGAUUGGAGUCCUUAGAUUGUAUCUUCAAGCAGCAGAAUAUUUGCCUAAAGAGCUUCGUCUGUGGUAUCACUAUGUUAUGUCUAAAACCAAUAGUGAAGAACUACACUGGAAGUAUCACAUUUUGUGUACCAGUUGAUUUGAGAUCGUCGUUGGAGGCGUCAUCGGAAUUUGGUAUGUUCUAUAAGGAUAUCAGGGUUGAGUGCCCUCUCUCGCUUAUCGACGACAAGAAUUUCAACUCUCUGACUGUCUAUAAUGGGUAUGAUUCAAGCGCCGUCAAGAUGCCUGAGAAGGACCCUGGGUACAAGGAACAGCUGUUGGAAUAUCAGUUUAAGCAAGUCACAGAUCAUGUUGUUGCUGCGUUAAGACAAAGGAUGAAAGCGUGGGAGAAAUUUGGUUUCAAUGAUGAUGAUAUCAAGAGAAUGAAAUUUGGUUCUGACGAUACGGCUACCAACACUAAAUUAAUUCAAAUCAACGAUGUUUCUGACAUCCCUGUCGACGCUCACGAGGAUAUCUCUGGCAAGUUUCACAUGAGAGAGCUAAAUAUGACCCAGAGUCUAAAGCCUGGUCAGCUCAUGUCUCUGUCAUACACGCACAGCGAGAAAGGACUUGACAUAUGUAUUCACUAUCCGGAUGGUUACAAUAUGGAAUCAUUCGUAGAGUGUUUCCAGUCGUUUAUCGAAGACGCAUAG